AUGUCGAAAAUCAGGAAAAAGUUAGUCAUCGUCGGCGAUGGUGCUUGUGGAAAGACUAGCCUUCUGUUUGUGUUUUCUCAAGACGAAUUCCCCGGAUUUUACACUCCAACCGUUUUCGAGAAUUAUGUCGCUGACAUUGAAGUCAACGGGAAAAUGGUGGAGCUUGCCUUAUGGGAUACAGCCGGACAAGAGGCAUAUGACAGACUGCGACCACUGUCUUAUCCCGACUCUGAUGUUAUCCUGAUGUGCUUUUCCAUUGAUAGUCCUGAUAGUUUGGAGAACAUCCCGGAAAAAUGGUCUCCUGAAGUAAGACAUUUCUGCGGCCAUACGAUACCAGUCAUUUUGGUAGGUAACAAGAAAGAUUUGAGACACGACAAAAGUGUGAAGAACGAGUUAUCGAAGUUGAAGCAAGCGCCGGUAUCAAGCGAAGAGGGGCGUGUGAUGUCUGAAAGGAUCAAAGCUUAUUCUUACAUGGAAUGUUCUGCUAAAACUAGAGAGGGAGUCAGAGAUGUGUUUGAAACGGCCGCGAAGGCUUCCCUGAAAAGAACGCCACGCAGGCCUCAAUCAUGGCGUAAAUGUAGUAUAUUAUAGCUAUAAAGACUUAAAAAACUGGUGUAUUUAAAACGGCAGCGAAGGCUGCAGUGAAAAAAAAAAACAAAAUAUACAGAAGAAAAUGCAGCAUAAUACAGGAGAAUAACAUUUAAAGGUAUAUUAUAGAACUUUGUCAUAACUGAAUGACCAAUUAUUACAUAGAAAUAUGUUAACAGCUAUACCCUCCCUGAGUUUUCGGGCUCAAGCUUUGUAGUGUAAUAAGUACAGCGCAGAAACGUUCUGCAUGCAAUUGGCCAUUGUUUAAUUUUUGUCACCUUUAUUAUUAGUUUAAAACCUCGUAGUGUGGUAGUUUUAUAUGGUUUCAAUCAGAAUAAGAAAUAGUAUUCGGAAGAACUAAUUAUUUUCUUUUUUACUUUGACUGUUUUUACGCCUGAUGAUGUAAUUAACGAAAAAUAAUGCUUAAAUUCCAGGUAAUUUGAUAUAAAUAAUAGAUAAUAUAAUAGAUAAUAUAUCCUCCCCCCUCAACUCCCCCUCCCCUAACAAAAAAAAAAUCAGGUUCUUUUUGGAAGUGUCUCAUGACCAAUCUUAAAGUUAAUCUAAAGGAUUCAAAACUGUUAUCUUUUGAGUCGCUUUGGCCGACCACGUAAGAUUUGUUCGCGUUGAAGAGAGAAAUUAUAGAUUUUCGACAAGAACUGCUUGUAUGAGAUGUUUUAUAAAACUGCACAUAAUCGUGAAUGUGAUGAAUCAGGAGCCCAUAAUAUGAUUAAAUGGUGAUGAUAUUAAAGGAAAUUACUGCAAAUAAACGAGGUACUAAAUCAGUGACAAUAACAAUACGUCGUUCUAGAAAAUAUUCGUUCAGCCAUUUCCUGGUUCCAUGAAACUCUCACUUUCAAAACAAGGCUAAGUGCGAAACCUUUCUUGUGAAAAUGAGUUUUAUUUGCAUGAGAAUAAAAAAUCAUUUUCACAUCAAAAUUGUAACUUAGGAGUUAGCCUUUUUGGGCCGACCCUUUGACUUUUGAGUGGUGAUUUGGUUUGGGUAAGAAUUUCUUUUUCCCAAAACUCUGGUGAUAGAAUUUUUUCCCGACAUACAAGAGUGCAAGAUUUUCCCAAAAUUGAGAAUUAUACGCCAUGAAAGAUUUUUUUUAGUGCUAAGGAUUUUUUCGCCUGGUAUUUUCUUCCCUCGAAAUAAGUCUGCAGAAUAUUUUAUUCUGAAGUAAGUCAUACCCGCUUCAAAUGCCAAAUGGUCGGCCCUUUAUCAACCUGUUGCUUUUUUGAAGUUCUUCUCGCCAUGUUGCUAAAAUACCCCUUCCUGAUCCCCCUUGUCGAACGCAUUCCCCGAAUUAGCAAUAAUAACUAGGAGUAAUCGGAACUUAGGAGAGUGCGUUCGACAUGUUUGUUAGCUUUUUUAUCAUUACAUAUAGGUGAACAGGUAGCAGUGGGCUAAAUACAUGUAAGUAUAAACAGCAGGUCAAACACUGACCAUGAUCCUCAAGAUAUUCUUUUACUCUGUAGGAUGUCAAUAAAAUUGGCUAAAAAUUGAGAAACAGAAAAUUAGAGUCAUCUGAAAAGUUUAUUGAUUGCGAUGUCAAAGCUGCGUGUAUCACUAAAACCCUUGUUGCGUGACACUUUAACAGGAAUACAACGCACCGUACUACCUAACCACCGGAAUUAGUGAGAUGAAAAGGUCAACGUUCCAACAUUCAACUUCUAGUAUAAUUUUCAAAAAUGGUGACAAACAAAAGCGAAUACAACGCUGUGAAUAGCUUUUAAAAGCGAAAAGAUGUAAUUUGUAAUAUGGUCCAUAUGAGCUCAUGAAUUAAAACAAAUACGGUGUCCAUAACACAUUGUUGACAUGAUAUCUACGUAUCCCAUUGACUUUUUCCUAUACAUAUAUAUAUAACAUAAUCUAUUAUGGCUCUUGACAUAAUUGAACACUGUUAGAAAAACGAUAAACAAACCUCAAGUACACAGAGAAUCGCCAAUAUUCGAUCUGUGAACAUGAACGAGCGUCACAAAAUAGAUAACAUUUCCUGGGAGAGAAUAACUGUUUCCAACGCAGCACGAAAGGUCAAGGAAAAGAUGAACAACGCUUUUAAUACGAAGCGAUCAAGAAAAAGAUGAAAAACACUUUACGAAGACAAGAACACAUGACCAGCAGAGACAAACGUGUGCUAGCGCCUCAAAGCGAGGCACAUGUCUAUCGACACAAAAUCUCGUCAGUUAACUGCACAGGGCACCCAACGGAAAAUAGGGGUUGCGUUCUCGUACCUCAAACGCAACUAGUUUUAGAUCACGGAAGGGCUCUUCCAAUUACAUCCUUCGACGUCAAAUGCGUGACGACAAGCACUCAAAUAAAAUGGAAGGCAAUUUUUGAAAAAAUUGAUGACAAAAACGCAAGAGAUUUCAUCACUUCCUGACGAUAUUACUUCCUUUCUCAUAGACUAACGAAAAUUUGACAAACCGGGUGUAACAAAAAUUGAUUGUUGUUUUCCUGGCUCACAAUAUAACUUAAGUCAUCCAUGGCCAGCUCCUUAAUCCAGUUUAAAUACAGUAACUGUGUUAAUAAAAAAUUUUAUUAGCUCAGCAUAAUAAUUUAUCACGUGCCUCGAGCAUUCGAGUGAAAAAUCAAUGACUCUUAGCGUUUCUAACCAAUGAGAAGCCUUAAAGGAAGUUAGGCGGAGAAAUCUUCCCUGACGUCAUAAUUAGAAGCCAAAAUAAAUGCACUGCUCUGAUAGAAUAAAUUGAGGGUAUUCAACAGUUGUCUCUCAUUCCCAAGUUUGACUACCCAGUCCUCAAUCUAACAUCGAACAUUUCAUCCACUCUAGGUACGUCAAAGCAAGCCGGUUACUCAGAGUUGAUUUUUACAAAGGUAUGUUGUAAUUAUAAGUGAUGACUUCGCCAAAAUAUACUUUAACCACUUUUCUCUCGCAAAUUGAUACAGCCUCGUCCGAUAAAAAAUACUCAUACAAACUUUUUUAAGUCAAUAUGGAUAAUUAACAACUAGUUUACGCGUCAGGCAUGCAUUCCUGGUUGAGAUCGCGCGGCAAGUUUGUAGAACAACUAACACGCGUAAAAGCUGCUCGAGGCGAAACCGUAAGGGCAGCUCUAACUUCUUCAGCUCUCAGAGAAAUUCCCAAGUCCUUCAUAUCUCGAUGAACGCGCAGCUGACGCGAGAAAGAAUUGUUUUAUAACAUUUUCAACGCGGUGGUUUAAAGAUCAAAAUUCCCUUUGCUAAGCUUCAAUGCGUACAAACACGUCAUCAGCGUGCACAAUAUAAUGGGAAUGUAAAGCACGUUCACAGAUUUACAACCUAUGCAAUAAUUAAUGCAUGCAAUAUUAUUUUUUUGCAAGUGAAACCCAACUUGGUGGUGAAAUCUGUGACAGAAUACAAAGCUCUGUGAAAGAGAAAAUUACUUAUUUACUAGAGUUGUUCCUUGAUCGGAAUCGGCUAUUACAUUCACUUCAAGUUUCAAUCGGCAUCCAAUACUGCUAUUUAGUAAAUAGGCGUUUGAAAUGGUCUAACUUCUGAAUCAGCACGUAUUUCACAGUGCUACUCUAGAGAAAAUUAGCUGAUGGAUAGUUCCUCAUGAUCAAUUAUUAAACCAAAACUUGAUUCAGUUUAGGUAUCUGCACCUCUCUCAUUACAACUGGUAUCUCGAAAUAGUAGAGACGCAGAUUUUUUUUUAUUCUAGAUGAAUAAAGAGCUACUAUUUUAUUCAGAAGUGACGAACUUGAAAACCUUAGGUUUUUAUGAUUCAGCAUGGACACACUGUGGUGUGAUCUCUCUAAGAUUUCAAAAAAUUACAAGGUUGAAGAAUUCGAUGAGGAAGUUCUCCCUUUCAGCUGUCAUUAUACAUUUACUGUAAAUUAGUUAUCAAGAGAACAACUUAAGUCUAACUGAUACGUUUGUCUAUUCUCAUCAACUUUUGCUGAAUAUUGUAUCGAUAUUGUAAGGCCGAAUUACAUAUUGAUCUCGUUGUGGUUGCAAAGGGUCAAGAGAGACUGAGACGGUGUGUCAGUCAGCACGUCUUUGUGAGAAAGAGUUGAAUAGAUUGGGCAACUCAUGGACCAAGCGUCUUCUUUUCUCACUGUAAAACUGAGGCCUUACCUUGCCUCUCCAUUCAGAAUAAAAAGCAAACAUCGGCUGAUCUCAGUGUAAUAAUUGGACGAGACGAUAACCCCUUAAAAAAAGGCUGUAAGUUUUGUUCAAUUGUAAUGAUUGCUUAAUCACGCUAAAUAAAGUAUUCACUUUUCAUCCCUUUGCAGAUUGACGAUUCGUGAUGUUAGCCAUCAGGAAAAAACUGGUCAUUGUAGGUGAUGGUGCUUGCGGGAAAACCUGCCUUCUGCUGGUGUUUUCCAAAGAUGAAUUUCCCGACACGCAUGUGCCGACAGUUUUCGAAAACUAUGUAGCUGAUAUGAAAGUUGAUGGGAAAAUGAUAGAGUUAGCGUUAUGGGAUACAGCCGGACAAGAAGAUUACGACAGGUUACGGCCACUGUCUUAUCCCGAUACUGAUGUUGUCCUGAUGUGCUUUUCUGUCGAUAAUUCCGAUAGUUUUGAGAACAUCCCUGAAAAAUGGGCUCCUGAAGUACGACAUUUUUGCCCAAACGUACCAAUCAUUUUGGUCGGUAACAAGAAAGAUUUAAGACACGACGACAAGGCGAAGGAAGAGCUAUCAAGUAAACCAGCGCGUGUAACGAGCGAAGAGGGAUGUCUUAUGUGUGAAAGGAUCAAAGCCUAUGCUUACAUAGAAUGUUCUGCGAAAACGAGAGAGGGAGUCAGAGAUGUGUUUGAAACGGCCGCGAAGGCUGCACUGAAAUCUAGGCGUGACAAGCCUCACCACUGGUUUAAAUGUCGUAUGCUAUAA